AUGUUUCCUGUCGACUCGCUGCCAGCGUCUUACUACGAGGAGCGAGAGGCAGCAGAGGCCGCGAAACGUCUUGCGCUGUUGCAAGAGCAGCACGCGAAAGCACAAGCACAAGCAACAGCAGUAUCGUCUGCAGCGAAUGGCCAAACACAACUGAGACCCUCAGCAGCAUGCUUGCAGCGGCCACAGAUCUCCAGACCAGCCUCUAGCAGUGUGCUGGGCAACAUCUUUCAGGGUUUUGUCAAGGCCGCGUCGCAAAACCCUCCUCAACCUCCUAGUAAGGAUUGCGGACAUGCGAGCGGCUCUAGCACACCUGCUCACACUCCACCAGCCAAGAUCAUGACCCAAGCCGAGCUUGAGAAGAUGAUGGAGAGACAGAAAGAUGCAGAUAUCGUCAACUUCAGGCCGUGGUGA